AUGGCAAUGAAACUUUUAUUGCUGGCCUGUGCUUUGGUCGCCUACGUGACUGCGGAUGUCAGCCACUUGAGCAACGAAUACCUUCCACCAAAUUAUGGUGCCUCUUCCCCUAGCUACAGCGUAGCUGCAUCCGCUCCAGCUCCAUCAUACAGCGCUCCGGCUCCAAGUUACAGCGUUGCAGCUUCUGCGCCAGCUCCAUCUGUUUCAUAUGCUGAACCAGAAUAUGCAGCUUCGGAACCAGCACCAGCUCAUAGCUUCUCGUCUUCGGAUGGCUACCGAUACAAAACUCAAAGACGCGUUGUAUAUCGCCAUCGCAGACGCCGUGAUGCACUUUCAAGUGAAUACCUUCCACCAGCAGCUUCAUCUCCUUCUGUAGAAUACUUACCACCGGCAGCAUCGGCUCCAGCUCCAUCUUAUUCCGUAUCACCGUCCGUCUCCUAUGCGCCAGCUCCAUCUUAUCAAUCCGAAUCAUACGCUCCAGCCGCUUCUUCCUAUUCGGCUUCAUUCGCCGAGCCAUCCUACGCUGAAUCUGCCCCGGCUCACAGCUUCUCUUCUGAUGAUGGUUAUCGCUAUAAAACUGCUCGUCGCCGUGUUUACCGUCGUCGCCGAUACUAA